AUGUCGGUACUGAAGUUGCUGUCCAACAAACAGUUCAUCACCAGAGACCACCGGAAAGAGUGCUCCGACGUCGAAGUCGUAGAGUACGCCGGCGACCCGCGCGAUUUCGGGAUGGUCGACCUCGACGCCCGCAGCUGGGGCCAUUCGUCCGUCGUCGGCCCUUCCGCCGAGGCGAAGUUCGAGGCCCUGGAGGUGUUCGGCGUCACGAUCGGCGGCGAGCAACUGAAGGAGCUGGUCGAGGACUUGAAGGUGGGCUGUAGUAAGGACGAAAGCCACUAUCUGAUGGUCAACCGUCAGGGUCUCUGUCUCCUGCACGCCGGCGGUCCCUCCAUCGCCUGGCUGAGGCUCAACGAUCGGUUCGGUUGGUCCAAGUACGGGGUCAGACCGGCAAUCGAAACCGGUACGAUAUGGAGCGUGUGGGACAUGAGCAGCGGCGCCGUUUUGGUGGCGCCUCCACUAGGCCGCCGCGGCGGCGAGGACACGUGGGAGAAGGUGGUGGAGGAGAAGGAGAAGGAGAUGGAGGAGAAGGAAUCCUUGCUGAGGAAGACGCUUGAAGAGAAGGAGAAGGAGGUUGUUUCUCUCAGGGCUGCCUUGAAUGCACUCACCACCACCCAAAAUUGA